AUGCCUCAACUUCUGAACAGCAUACUCAACGUGAACAAGGUGUUCCAGAACUAUGCUGAGCAUCAUGGGGCAGGCGCUUCACUGAGCAAGAAGGAGUUGAAGCAGCUGCUCCUCGCUGAGUUUGGAGACAUCCUUCGGAGACCAAAUGAUCCAGAGACUGUGGAAACCAUUCUGGAACACUUGGACCGAGACAGAAAUGGAUAUGUUGAUUUUCAUGAAUACCUCUUGCUGGUGUUCCAAUUGGUCCAAGCCUGCCAUCAUAAGCUAGAUAGUAAGUUGCAUGGAACUGGAACCUCCUUCCAGAAAGAACAUGGUCAGGAAGGAACACAGAGUCAUAAAUUUUCAGAAAACACAAGCAGACAACAUAAGCAGAGGUAUCAAGGACAACGCCAGAACUCUCACCACAGUCAGUCUGAGGGACGUCAAAAUGUCCAACAUGAUCAGUCCCAGAGACAAAAUAAGGACUCUGAGAAACAUGAUACAGAUCCUCACUAUGGUCAGUCAGAGACAUUCCAUGGGGACUCCCACUAUGGUCAUUCUGAGAAAUCAGACACAGAUUAUAGCUCAGAUCAGUCUGAGUCAGAUGGUCAAUCUUCAAGCUCUAGUCAAAGACUGAGCUAUAAAUCUAGUCAUGACCAGCCCAAAGGCCAAGGAUAUAUCUUUGCCUUAAAUCAGUCUGAGAACCCUGCACAGGCUUCUCAUUAUGGCCAGUCUAAAACAUUUGGAGAACAAAGUAACCAUGGCCAGUCUGGAAGAUUCAGAAAAGAGUCUUAUUCUAGUCAAACCAGUCAAGAAUCUGACUCUUAUGAACAAUAUGGAAAUCAACAUCAGAAAUCAGGCCACAGUCAGACAGAGAGACAAGGCCAGAAGUCUCAGUAUGGCCAGACAAACAAAAAAGGACAUAGUUCAUACCAUGAGCAGACAGAUGGACAAGACAAGAGUUUCCAUUAUGGCCAGAAAGGAAAACAAGACCAGGGUUUCCAACAUGGUCAGAAAGACAAACAAGAUCAGACUUCUCACCAAGGUCAGAAAGGCAGAGAAGACCAGAGUUCUCACCAGAGUCAGAAAGGCAGGCGAGGCCAGAGUCCUCACCAGGGUCAGAAAGGCAGACGAGGCCAGAGUCCUCACCAGGGUCAGAAAGGCAGAGAAGACCAGAGUUUCCACCAGGGUCAGAAAGGCAGAGAAGACCAGAGUUCCCACCAGGGUCAGAAAGGCAGAGGAGACCAGAGUUCUCACCAAGAAGGCAGAGAAGACCAGAGUUCUCACCAGGGUCAGAAAGGCAGAGGAGACCAGAGUUCUCACCAGGGUCAGAAAGGCAGACGAGACCAGAGUCCCCACCAGGGUCAGAAAGGCAGAGAAGACCAGAGUUCUCACCAGGGUCAGAAAGGCAGACAAAACCAGAGUUCUCAUCAUGGUCAGAUAGAGGAUCAAGACCAGAGUUCACGUUGGCAUCAGUCAGACAGACAAGACCAUGGUUUUCAUUAUGGUCAGACAGGUGGACAAGGCCAGAGUUCUCAUCAUGGUCAGACAGAGGAUCAAGACCAGAGUUCACAUUGGCAUCAGACAGACAGACAAGACCAGGGUUUUCAUUAUGGUCAGACAGGCAGAGAAGGCCAGAGUUCUCAUCAGGGUCAGGCAGACAGACAAGGCCAGAUUUCACACCAGGGUCAGAAAGGCAGAGAAGACAAGAGUUUCCACCAGGGUCAGAAAGGCAGAGAAGAACAGAGUUCCCACCAGGGUCAGAAAGGCAGAGAAGACCAGAGUUUCCACCAGGGUCAGAAAGGCAGAGAAGACCAGAGUUUCCACCAGGGUCAGAAAGGCAGAGAAGACCAGAGUUUCCACCAGGGUCAGAAAGGCAGAGAAGACCAGAGUUUCCACCAGGGUCAGAAAGGCAGAGAAGACCAGAGUUUCCACCAGGGUCAGAAAGGCAGAGAAGACCAGAGUUUCCACCAGGGUCAGAAAGGCAGAGAAGACCAGAGUUCCCACCAGGGUCAGAAAGGCAGAGAAGACCAGAGUUCCCACCAGGGUCAGAAAGGCAGAGAAGACCAGAGUUCCCACCAGGGUCAGAAAGGCAGAGAAGACCAGAGUUCCCACCAGGGUCAGAAAGGCAGACAAGACCAGAGUUCUCACCAGGGUCAGAAAGGCAGACAAGACCAGAGUUUCCACCAGGGUCAGAAAGGCAGAGAAGACCAGAGUUCCCACCAGGGUCAGAAAGGCAGACAAGACCAGAAAAGCCAGAGUUCACACCAGGGUCAAAUAGGCAGACAAGGCCAGAGCUCUCAUCAGGGUCAGACAGAUAAUCAAGACCAGAGUUCACGUUGGCAUCAGACAGACAGAAGAGGCCAGAGCUUUCAACAUGGUCAGACGGGUGGACAUAGCCAGAGUUCACACCAGGGUCAAACAGGCAGUCAAGGCCAGAGUUCACAAUGGCAUCAGUCAGACAGACAAGGCCAGAGUUUUCAUCAUGGUCAGAGAGACAGAGAAGGCCAGAGUUCUCACCAGGGUCAGACAGACAGACAAAGCCAGAGUUCUCACUGUGGUCAGUCAGAGACUGGAAAAACUGAAUUUCAAGGGCAAAACAAGCACUUUCAAGGGACUGAUAGAACAAGAAGAGACUCAUAUGUUGAACAAUCUGGAAGGUCAGGAAAACUAAGUCAACAGAAUUCAAGAGAAGAAGGGAAUCAAACACAGAGACAGAGAUCCCAGGAUAGAAGGGAGCAGCAAAUCCAGCACCAGGCAUGGAAGCCUGAAGAGGAUAAUCAACACAAACUCUUAGCUCAGGUACAUCAAGAGCCAUACUCCCAUGAAGAGUAUGACUCACAAUCACAGAGCAGCGAGCAGGGCCACUGGGGAGAGGAAGAGCAUCAUCAAGAUUGGGAUAGACACGAGGAUCAGGAAAGUCUAUAUGAGAUGCAGAACUGGCAAACUCAUGAAGAGGAACAAAACCAUCAAAGAAGUGAUAGGCAAACCCAUGCAGAUGAGCAGAACAAGCAAAGACAACACAGGCAAACUCAUGAAGAAAAUCAUGAUCACCAACAUGGUAGACAUCAUGAAGAGGAGCAAAAUUACAAGAGACGAGGCCAUCAUCAACAAUGGGAUAGACAUACCCAUGAAGAAAAUGAGAAGUAUCAAGGAGGCCAAGACCAAUUCAGAACCUUCCCCAACAAAGAAAAAUUCCACAGGAAUGAAGAGGACCAGUAUGAAGGGUCCCAGGGAAGACAUUUCCAUCCAACACAUAGUGGUGGAAGGUCCCAAAGAAGAGAAAAAUCUGGAAACCAUGCUACAAAAACAGCCAACACCUCCAGCCCUUUCUAUGACUAUGUCCAAGAGCAGGCAGCAUAUCAGUAUUAG